AUGCGGGGGGGCGAUGCCCGGGGCCAGGGACGCGCUCUGUCACCAGGCGCUGCAGCUGCUGGCCGAGCUCUGUGCCCGAGGGGCCCUGGAGCACGACAGCUGCCAAGAUUUCAUCUACCACCUGCGGGACCGUGCCAGACCCCGGCUCCGCGACCCAGAUAUCUCUGUGAGCCUGCUAACUCUCGUGGUUACCGCCUGUGGUCUUGCCCUCUUUGGUGUCUCUCUUUUCGUGUCUUGGAAACUGUGCUGGGUUCCGUGGCGAGAGCGAGGCCUGUUCUCUGGUAGCAAAGACAACAACCAAGAGCCUCUUAACUACACUGACACAGAGACAAAUGAGCAGGAGAACAGCGAGGACUUCCUAGACCCACCCACACCCUGCCCGGACUCCUCCAUGAAGAUCAGCCACACUUCCCCCGACAUUCCCCUCUCCACCCAGCCAGGUGGCCAGGACAACUGUGCCCAUGCCGUCCGUGUACAGCGACAAGUCACAGAGCCAACGCCGUCAGCUCGGCAUAACUCAAUCCGAAGACAACUCAACCUGUCAAACCCGGACUUUAAUAUCCAGCAGCUUCAGAGGCAGGAGCAGUUGACUGGGAUUGGGAGAAUUAAGCCAGAGUUAUAUAAACAGAGGUCACUGGACAACGACGAUGGGAGGAGAAGUAACAGCAAAGCCUGCGGGAAACUGAACUUCAUCUUAAAAUACGACUGCGACUUGGAACAGCUCAUCGUGAAGAUCCACAAAGCCGUCAAUCUGCCCGCCAAGGACUUCUCUGGGACGUCAGAUCCUUAUGUCAAGAUCUACUUGCUUCCUGACCGGAAAACAAAACACCAGACUAAGGUUCACAGGAAGACCCUGAACCCUGUGUUUGACGAGGUGUUUUUAUUUCCUGUGCACUACAAUGACCUUGAAGCUCGGAAGCUUCACUUCUCCGUGUAUGACUUUGACCGGUUCUCUCGCCAUGACUUGAUUGGCCAAGUGGUGGUGGACCACUUCUUCGACUUGGCUGACUUCCCAAGGGAGUGCAUCCUUUGGAAGGAUAUCGAGUAUGUCACCAACGAUAAUGUGGACCUGGGUGAGCUUAUGUUUUCGCUCUGCUAUCUUCCAACAGCCGGCAGGCUGACCAUCACCAUCAUCAAAGCAAGGAAUUUAAAGGCAAUGGACAUUACGGGAGCGUCAGAUCCGUACGUGAAAGUCUCACUGAUGUGUGAUGGCCGGAGACUGAAGAAGAGGAAAACAUCCACCAAGAGGAACACGCUUAACCCCGUUUACAAUGAAGCCAUAGUCUUCGAUGUCCCUCCUGAGAGCAUUGAUCAGAUCCACUUGUCCAUAGCUGUCAUGGACUACGACCGUGUAGGUCACAAUGAGGUCAUCGGCGUGUGCCAAGUAGGCAACGAGGCUGAGCGGCUGGGCAGAGACCACUGGAGUGAGAUGCUGUCAUAUCCCCGGAAGCCCAUCGCACACUGGCACUCUCUGAUGGAGAAACGAUGAUUGUGGAUAGGAAGACUGCUUUUGCCAAGGACACAGUCGGACAACCAUGUAACAAAGAUCUUCAGUAACUUUUCCCACCUAGCAACACCCAGAUGACUCCAGUGAUGAAAUACUCAGCUGUACCCACAGCAAUAACUGGCCCUCUUUUAAGUUGGAUUUGGUGAAUCUGAAUGGUUCAUCUAUCUUCUUCAGGUGGCCCAAGGCGAUAUACUCUAGGGAAGCUCAUCCCUCGCUGUCAGAAACCAAGUUGGACUGUGGACGGGAGCAGGUGGCCCAGUAAGAGUCCUGAAUGCCAAGACUCCUAGUGGUUAAUGUAAGGCCUGUGGUUGUAUGGGCGUGAUACUGGUCCUGACAGUGGUCAGUCUAACAUACAGUCAUUUGAUUGGAUGCCCUGGAAGGACAGAAUAUUUACAAAAAUAUAUAUCCAGGUGCUAAAUAGGCAGCAGAUUUCAAAUCAAACUCUACUACCUGUGAGCUAAUGACUGUCUUCAGAGAAUAAUUCUACCCUAGAAAGUGUUCCAGUUUUCCAAGGAAUGGUCCAAGAGAAUGCUAGACCAAGCCAGCCUGGGAAGUCUCAUGCAAGGCAGGUCAGUUCAUAGUGAACUCACUGUCCGCUCCCAUGCACGUGGCAGAGUCCCACUCAGGCAUGGUCCUUCUCCACAGCUGAACCCAGGUUCUGAGAUUCUAAAACAUUGUUUCCAGGUAGCCAGCAGCCUCUUCCUUUCCAUCAGCGAUGUUACUAGAAUGAAACGCGCCAUCCUUGUGUG